GGUGCCCAGCCCAGGGGAAGGAGGUGAUGGCUCUGCUCCCUUCCAACCCGAACCGCCCCCUGACUGUUUCACUGCUCCGCUGCCACACUGCCGUAAAGCGCGCCCUCGGGCCGGCCGUCCCGCGACGGCGGCGCUCGACGUGCUCGGCCGCCACACUGCCGUGCGGCGAGGAAACCGUCGCGCAAGCGCCGUGGUGUCGCGGCGCGAUGUGGCGGGGCGCGGCCGCGGCUCUGCUGUGCCUGGCCGCGGCCUGGCUCCUGCGCCGCGGGUUCGAGCCCCGCGCCCGCCUGCUCAGCGCCGCGGAGCUGCGCCGCUACCGCGGGGCGCCGGGCGAACCCGGGCUCUACCUCGCCCUGCUGGGACGGGUCUUCGAUGUAGAGCGGGGCCGCAAGCACUAUGGGCCCGGCGGCGCGUACAGCGGGUUCGCAGGCAGAGAUGCCACCAGGGCGUUCGCCAGCGGCGACUUCACCCCGGCGGGGCUGGUGGACGACGUGUCGGGGCUGUCCCCGCCGGAGCUGCUCUCCAUCCACAGCUGGCUGAGCUUCUACAGCCACCACUACGAGCCCGUGGGGAAGCUGGUGGGCAGAUUCUACGAUGAAAAUGGGGCACCGACAGAAGCCCUGAGGGAGGCUGAGGCUGCCAUUGAGGAAGCUCUCAAAUUCCAGGCAGAAAGUGAGCAGCAGAAGCAGCAGUUCCCACCCUGCAACUCUGAAUGGAGCGCUGCUAAAGGCACCCGCUUCUGGUGCUCCAGACAAAGCGGGGGAGUGCACAGAGCCUGGGCCGGGGUCCCUCGGAAGCUGUUCAGCCCCGGCUCGCGGGGCAGCCGCUGCGUGUGUGUGAGGAGCUCGGGCCCGCCCUGGGGACAGCCACACUCCUCCAGCGACACCGGCGACCUGGACAACCCCCACCUGCAGCCGUACGAGGGCUGCCCUCCCCUGGCCGAGCAGUGUGUGCUCCUCACGGGCUGAGCGCGGGUGCUGCCCCCAGGGCAGGGGGAGCCCUGCACUGAAACGUUCUGCUUUGGGUGGGCAGCUCCAGCUCCACCCCCUCCACCUGGCCGUGCAAAGGCACCGAUAACAACCUCGUGUUCUUUGUGAUGCUUUUUAACAUACGGAGUUGAGAGGAGGAGGAAACACUUCAGCCAGGUUAGUGGCUGAAAAAUCAACAGGAUGCUUGCUUUAUUUCUAUGGGAAAUAUUUUUGCACCUGGGAACAAGUGUAAGAUGCAGAGUCUGGGUUGUGUUUUAGAGCUGCUCUCUUGUGCAGUCAGGAAAUGGAUGUUUGUGUGCACGGCAGGGGGACAGCACGCUGUGGUUUAAGGCAGCGAGGUCAGUGCUGAGCACAGGAACUGCUGCAGCAUCACUGCCCACAGCUGGGCACAGCUCCUGCUGCAGGGCACUGCUGGGGCUCCUCCCAGGCACCUGGCUCACUCCAAGGAGUUUAAAGGGAGCAGGGAGAACCCUGAAUUUCUUCUGCAAUUAAGGUCCACGGUAUUUAGGAACUCACAGAGUUACACACAAGCUUUAUCAAAUUCUUGGAGAAGACAAAGGCCAGAGCUGUAUUUCCUCACCCAGUGUUUGCAUUAGAUACUGUGCCAAGUUAUUGAAGCCACCUAUGAGGAUUGUCUGAUAUUAACCUCACCCUCUUGGUCUGUGAUUCACCACAUUCAGACUGUUCUGAUCAGGAAUGAGUAGUUUUAAAUAGCUUUUUGUUGCCUGGGUGGCAACAAACUGUAAUCUGCCUCCUGUUUCCAUUCUGGUAUGAGACUUUCUUCCCAUCUGCUCUGUGCCUGUCAGACUGCAGCCUGAGCUGGAUGUGCCCUUACAACACCCAGCACACUUGAAUUCCACCCUUACUGUCUCACAGCUGCCAGAAUUCAGCAAUGGGUGACCCCAGAAAUGCAGGGCAGGUUAUUGCCAUUGCUGGGGCUAAAAGGGAGGCAGGAAUACCUGCAAGGGUUCAGGCACUGCAAAGCUCAAGCUGCAUGGAAGCAGCUGCUGGUUUUAAUGGGAUCUGCUGUUAAACUCAGUUUUGGUGGAGCUGAGCUUUGGGAGAGACACACAGGUCAGGGUGCAGUGGUGGCGCAGGUCCCUGCUGAGCUGUGCUCAGUUCUUCCCUUAAGGCAGCUGCCACCUAUGCAUAAGCAGCUGGGAAGUGUUUAUAAACUGUUUUUUAGCUAUUACCACCUCUAAAGAGAGGCCCAAAAUCUAAGUGAUUAAUUAGUUAAUGAGCAAAUUUACUCCCUUUACACAUCACAGUGCUUCUCACUGAUAAAAGCUCAGAGGAUGCUGCAGGGCCAGGGAAGCCACACAGCAACUUGAACAUGCCCCUGCUUGUACCAGUGGAGGGGCAUGGGGGUUGUGGUUUUAUUUGGGGUUUUUACCCAUCGUCACCCUGAAGAGCAGCUCUUCCAUGCACUGCCCUGCUGUGCCAGCUCCUGUCCCUGCCAGGGCAGCAGGAUGUGGCAGAACCAAACCUCAGCCCUGGCCUGAGCCAGCUUUGGGGUGGAGUGAGCACCUCAGCUCACACAGUGCUGAAGAUCGAGCUCUGGGAAAGGUGCAGGAAAGAGCUGCAAAGCAGCACUGCACUGCCUCCACUGCUUUGGUCUGUGCCACAUUUAAAAAAACACCACCACUUUAAAAAGAAAUUGCAGUUAAAGUAGUGAAACCAUCCCCCCAAAUGAUUGGCAAGUGCCUUUAAAAGAGCUUUUUAAAGCUAUUUACAAGUUGCAGCAAAUUCCAGACUAUGAAAUGCUGUAAGAUGUAGUUUGUGAGGGCAAACCAGUCCCAGUGAAGGUGGACCAGCUUGACCUAAGCAAGUUUCAUCUUGCUGUCACACAAUCUCUGUGCAAAUAGUGCUGAGGGAAUGGUUUUGAUUGCAAGAGCUUCACCAAAAUCAAAUAAACUGCUGCAAAAAGGCAGGGCAGGAAGGUGUAGGUUUAGGUUAUUGGUUGUAAACCAAGUUCACAGCUUAUUCCUCAGUUUAGGGUUUGGAAACACUGGGGGGAAAGUUUGUCUUGCUCUAGAAUAAGUCAUCUAUUAUAGCAAACAGGGAGACACCCUCAGUGACCUGAAGUGCCCCCAGACUGUCACUAUUGUAACUCCAAUUCAGCAGCUCAGCUGGAUUCUCCCAUGGUGGAGAGGGUGAAAAACAGCGAUAGAAAGCAGUGAGAGCUGCAGAGGGCUCAAGUCACCACAGACAGUGCUCUAAUAAAGCUCACCAUUCAUCUGUACUUCAGUCAGUUUUAUUAAUAAAAGACUAAUGCAUCACAA